AUGGAUAUCGAAACAAAGUUGAAGUAUCUCCAAUGGCAAACCAACUAUACUCAUAUUAGACCAUAUCGAAUCGCCCAAUUCGGUCGCAAAAGGAAGAACAAUGAGCAAAAGACGCCGCACAAUCUAGUUUUCCAGGAAGGAGCCGUUGCCGAGACCAUCAGAGAUAUCAGAGGAAUAGAAGCAGAGGGAACCUGGAGUUUCACCCUUGAGACCAAUGGCUUUGUGUAUCGGAGGUACCCGUCGCCUUUAUUCACCAACCCAAAGGAUUUUGGCGAUCCAUAUCAUAUUCAAAAUAUAUUUUUACCAGAAUGUGAGGCGAUAUUGAGAAAUGAGAUUGAGGGAGUCGAGCGAGUUUUCAUUUUUGAUUGGAAAAUCAGAAAAAGGAAAAGCGCAAAAGAGCGGCGAGAGCUGAACCAAAAUUUAUUGAGCUUUGCGCGACACGUGCAUAUAGCUGUAUACAUGCUUUUUAUAGCUUUCUUGGUUUCCUCUGACGUGAAAAAUUUCAGCAUAUGGCGGCCAAUUAAUGGACCUGUCGAAGAUCAACCUAUUGCUGUGUGUGAUGGAAGAACUGUCGACACAUCUAAAUUGGUCGAAACAGAUAUGAUCAGCGGUGAUUAUACAGGAACGCUGCUUUAUCCACUUUAUGAGCCAGGGAAUAUUCGCCAAUGGCACUAUUUGAGCAGACAAGGCAUUGAAGAUGUGCUGCUGUUCAAGAGUUUUGACUCGAAAAAGGGUAGUGUCGAACAUGCCCCCCACACAUCGUUCACACUGCCGGAUACCCCGAGUGAUGCACGCCCAAGGAUUAGUGUUGAGGUCAGGGCUUUAGUGUUCACGCGCUCGAUGUAA